UGUCUGAUGAGUGGUAAUGUUCAUUCUGCCCUCUUUCUCCUUACUUGAAGAAGAAAGCAUAUAUAAGUAUACUGAAAUUUCUCUCCUUCAUUCAACAAACUGUGUUCAAUCAGUGCACUUCCUCAGGUUACAAUUAGGCAUCAUGAAAGUACAGAUUAUCAUUUGUUUUUGCUUUGUUGCCCUCGCUUCAAGUAAUCCCAUAGCCCUGUAUCCACACCAGGGUGAUUCCGGACAUGAAGAAGUUCAAUAUAUACAGUAUGUUCCGGAACAUGAAGGAGUACAAGAGGAAAUCCAUGGAAACCAGGUUGCCUCUCACGGUUAUGAAGCAGCUCAUGAAGAGCCUGAGGAACAUCAUAAGAAGGUCAUCGAUUAUUACGCACCCCCAAAAUACUCAUUCAAAUACGGUGUACAAGACUACCAUACCGGAGAUAUAAAGUCACAACAUGAAACCAGAGAUGGCGACGUUGUCAAAGGACAAUACUCCCUCGUUGAACCUGAUGGUUCUAUCAGAACAGUGUCCUACACAGCUGACAAACAUAGCGGAUUCAACGCAGUCGUCAAGAAAACCGCCCCUUUGAAACAUCAUGAACCAGAAGUCCGCUACCAACAAGAAGCCCAGUAUGAAACUGAAGCUCAUUCUCAACCAGAAGGUCAUUAUGAAACAGGAGGUUAUGCUCAACCAGAAGGUCAUUAUGAAGCAGAAUCUGAGUAUCAAUCAGCAGGUCAUGAGUAUCAAUCAGCAGGUCAUUUACAACCAGAAAUUCAUUAUCAAUCUGCAGCUCCCCAACAUGAGGAAGAAGGUUCUGCACAUGAGUGACACUACUGAAUGCUUCAAUAAAAAUAUUGCGUCUUAUGCUGCCAAUUUGACAUUUUUUGAAGGAAACAAGAUAUGCGAAUGAGUAGCUUAGAUCAUCAUUCCAAUUUCUAGAAUAAUUGAUAUUUCAGUUUUGAUUCUUUUCCUUCAGAAGAAAAAGUUCAAGAUGUGUAGGAUAUUUUAGCCUGAAUCUAGUCAAAAUUAGAAUAAUUGUUGACGUAGGGAGUGGAAAGCCAUCUAUAUAUGAUAGACCAAUGACAUAUUCAGCCUAAUAUACUCCAGAAAUAA